UGGGCGUGCCACGAACGGCCUGGAAAAGCAAGAUCUUGGCCGAGGCCAUGGCAUAGCCUCUGCAGAUGGGUGCAUGCAUGGUCAUGGCACCACAAUGCAGCAUUGACCAGGUAGACGCCACGUCGAUGGUGGUGCUCUCGGCUCACUUGUCGUCCAUCGUGGCCCUCUGACCGGUCUUGCGCUCCUGCCUCUGGCACGCUCUCGGGCUCGAACGCAGCAGCUUCCCGCUCAACGCUCUCAGCCACGUGGCUUGCGGUCACGACCACUAGACUUGCACGACAAUCGUCUGCACCUCCUACACUUGGCCAUCGCUUGCCGCAACGCUCAACGCCCUGGGUCCAAGGUGUCCAAGCAAACCGAGCGCCGCAACAAGUCAGUGGCGCACCUCGAAGACGCCACCGCCUUGCCUCACGAGAGCAUUACGGAGGCCUCUCUCGUAGAUAUAUAAGUGCAUGUGGUACAUGGAAGAAUUGAACGAUCUUGCCACCGAGCCGGCAUCACGGCGCCACGUCGCGACUCGCGGGACGACGUCAAUGUUCGAAGGAUACCGUGGAUGGGACUUCAUACUCGAGCGCCUCGUCGUGAGCCGCUAUCGUUCUAUCGCUCCAUCAUCGAUGAAAGGAAAUCGCGGGCCGCGCCGGAUCGCAUUCUCCAUCUCUCGCCCCAAGUAACAUGCGACUCUUCGUGCCUGCGUCGGUGGCUGCUGCCGUCGUUGCCGCCGAUUCGGCCAGCGACCUUUGCUUGGAACGCCCAGACUUGCCCAAGUGCGGCGCGUCGUGCUACAACCCGGCGCGCGCGGCGUGCUGCGGCUCCCAAGUGUACCUCUACUACCAGUGGGACCCGGCGACGAACGCGACCGGCGAGCAGCAGUGCUGCACGAACCGGCACAACGCUUCGUACGUGGCGUUUUCGUGCAAUGGUACGGCCUCGGGCAAUCGCACGGUGGCCAACGCAACGCGCGAAGACACGAUUGUGGCUCCGACGACGCUUCCCGUCGUGGAUGACAAGUACUACAGCGGCAGCGAUUUCGACGACGAGCUCGACUCUUGGGACAGCGACGUUGACGACGACGGUGAAGACGUUGACGACCCCAUCCUCGCGGGGGUCAAUGCCCACAACGACGACGAAGCAACGCAUGGCAGCAAUUCCACGACCGCCCACAACAGCUCGUCGACAACGCCAACGAUGCACCCAGGAACGCAUACCCACUCAACGCCGCUGCCCACGACGUCCAACAGCUCUUCCAGUUCCCACGACAACGGUCACGACGACGCGGAGGUCGGUGAAGGCGAAGACGACACUGAUACUGAAGUCGACGAUUCCGAAGAUGUCGGUGCCGACGCGGACGCUGCUGAUGGCGAAGACGCUGACAUCGAUGCUGACACUGACAACAGCCGUGAGGCAACGGACGCACCGCGCUUGCCCGAGCCCACAGCCCACAGCAGUGGCAACCACUCGACACCCGCGCCCACAGCCCACAGCAGUGGCAACCACUCGACACCCGCGCCCACAGCCCACAGCAGUGGCAACCAUUCGACGCCCGAGCCCACAGCCCCCAGCAUCGGCAACCACUCCACGCGCGAUGAGCCUCAAUUGCUCAACACAUCCGUCGAACACGAGAAGCCGACGCACGUGCCCGGCGCGGCCUUGACGCUCUCCAACUCGACCACCACCAACUCGACGCACAAUGCAACGCGCACCAACCGCACGGGGAGCAACGUCAGCGACGAAAGCACGAUCCAGCGGCCGUCAAGUGCCACGGGGACAGUCCAGCACUGCGCAGGUCUCCUCGCGGUGCUCUGCAUCGUUGGGAGCAUGCUCGUGUAG